UUGUGCACAGCUGUUUUUUGGUUAAGUAUUUGUUUGUAUAUGAAAAGGUGAAAGUUUUUAAGAAUCAACGUAAUUAGCAUCUCCAAAAGAUCCACAAUAGUGCUCAAUUAUGACGAAACUAGCAGACAACAUCAACCCUCACAUAUACGAGAAGGGUACUGAACGUGAAAUCACAGCAUCUGACUUAGACGAAAAUGUCGUCGACGAAAUAGAUGAAAGAGAAAUAUUUGAUUUAAUUAGAAACAUCAAUGAUCCCGAACAUCCUUUGACUUUAGAAGAGCUUCGUGUUGUUGAAGAAAGUAAUAUAAGUGUUGAUAAUAAGCAAAACACUGUUGAUGUGAAUUUUACACCAACUAUACCUCAUUGCAGUAUGGCGACUUUAAUAGGUUUAUCCAUAAGAGUACAACUACUCCGUGCUCUACCAAGCCGUUUCAAAGUGACCGUUAAAGUGGCAGAAGGCACACAUGCUUCCGAACAUGCUGUCAACAAGCAACUAGCCGAUAAGGAACGAGUGGCCGCUGCAUUGGAGAAUAACAACUUAGUGCAGAUAAUUAAUCAGUGCGUUGCCAUAAAGUAGUGUAAUCAUGUUAGUUAUUAAAAAUAUUUAUUGUCAACUAGUAUGGAGAGCAGGCCCGGAUCUAUAUAACCUUUGUAUGGCAACAUCCUCUACCACUCCUAUCAUAGUU